AUGACGAUCCAAUCCGUUCCUGGUAGUUCUGGGUAUUUGGAUUUGUUCCCAGAGCGAAGAAUGUCGUAUUUUGGGAAUCAUUACGUUCUGGGUUUGACUGUUGUUGCUGGAAUCGGUGGUCUUCUCUUCGGUUACGACACAGGUGUAAUCUCUGGUGCUCUUUUGUACAUUAAGGAUGAUUUCGAGGUGGUGAAUCAGAGUAGUUUCCUACAGGAAACGAUUGUUAGUAUGGCUUUGGUUGGUGCCAUCAUUGGUGCUGCAUUUGGCGGUUGGAUUAACGAUGUGUAUGGCCGUAAAAAGGCGACUCUGCUUGCCGAUAUUGUCUUUGUAGCUGGAGCUAUUGUUAUGGCUGCUGCUCCUGAUCCGUAUGUACUAAUACUAGGCCGUCUCUUGGUUGGUUUAGGGAUCGGUGUUGCAUCUGUCACUGCGCCUGUGUAUAUAGCUGAAGCAUCUCCAUCGGAAGUUAGGGGAGGAUUAGUGAGCACAAAUGUGUUGAUGAUUACCGGUGGACAGUUUCUUUCGUACCUUGUAAACUUUGCUUUCACUCAGGUUCCUGGAACUUGGAGAUGGAUGCUUGGUGUUUCGGCUGUUCCAGCUGUUAUUCAGUUUGGCCUCAUGCUAUGCAUGCCAGAGUCUCCUCGAUGGCUUUUCAUGAAUGAUCGUAAAGUGGAAUCCAUCCAAGUACUUGCUAAAAUCUAUGACAUCUCUCGGUUACAAGACGAGAUUGAUCAUCUUUCUUUAGGGGCAGAGGAAGAACGGGUCAAAAAGGGCACUGUUGGCUACUUAGAUGUAUUCAGAUCGAAAGAAAUCAGGCUCGCAUUUAUGGCUGGAGCAGGACUUCAGGCAUUUCAGCAGUUCACCGGUAUCAAUACCGUCAUGUACUAUAGUCCCACGAUAGUCCAAAUGGCUGGCUUCCAUUCAAAUCAGCUUGCUUUGUUACUCUCCCUCAUCGUUGCGGCCAUGAACGCAGCUGGAACAGUUGUUGGAAUCUACUUCAUUGAUCACUGCGGGAGGAAAAAACUCGCUCUCUCAAGUUUAUUUGGUGUCAUUGCAUCACUCCUCAUCCUCGCAGUCUCGUUCUUUCAACAAUCAUCAUCAUCUGAUCCCAAUGGAAUCUAUGGUUGGCUUGCUGUGAUAGGCUUGGCGUUAUAUAUAGCGUUCUUUGCACCAGGAAUGGGACCAGUCCCAUGGACUGUGAACUCAGAGAUAUACCCACAACAGUACCGUGGCAUAUGUGGAGGAAUGUCUGCAACAGUUAACUGGAUAAGCAACUUGAUUGUGACGCAGACGUUCUUGUCAAUAGCUGAAGCUGCUGGUAUUGGAACGACUUUCUUGAUUCUUGCGGGGAUUGCUGUUCUCGCGGUUAUAUUUGUGAUUGUGGUUGUUCCCGAGACGCAGGGCUUAACGUUUUUUGAAGUGGAGCAGAUAUGGAAGAAGAGAGCAUGGGGUAAAAACAAUGGCAACUUCAACAGUAACAACAACCUCGAGAGCCCCUUAGUCCAAGGAUCUCAGUCUUAG